UCCCCCUCUUUUCACCCCCAUACUGGUUUAUACUGGUUUGUACUGGUUUGUACUGGUGCGCAGGCAGCGCGGGGGACACCGGUGUCGUUCAACGAGAACGGAGACGCUCCGGGACGUUAUGACAUCUUCCAGUUUCAGGGCGGGAACGGGAGCGGCGCUUAUCGGAACGUGGGGCAGUGGGUGCAGGGGCUGCGCCUGCAGGCGGACGCCAUGCGCUGGGGCCCCAACUCCUCGUCCCCCCCUCGCUCCGUUUGCAGCCUCCCGUGCGGUCCCGGCGAACGGAUGAAACCCGUUAAGGGCGUUCCGUGCUGUUGGCACUGCGAACUCUGCUCCGGAUACCAACACCGCGUGGACCUCCUCACCUGCCAACCGUGUCCUCUCCACCUCCGCCCCACCCGCGACCGCACCGCCUGUCGCCCCACUCCGGUUCUCCGACUCCGUUGGGCCGAUCCGUGCGCCGCCGUCCCGUUAGCGGUGGCCACCGUAGGGUUAACGGCCACCGCUUUCGUGGUGGUCACCUUCGGAAGGUACCACCAAACGCCCAUCGUCAAAGCAGCCGGAAGGGAAUUGAGUUACGUUCUCCUGGUGGGAAUCGCUUCCGUUUACGCCAUUACUUUCGUCAUGGUGGCCGAACCCGGCGUGGGGGUUUGCGCCAUGAGGAGGUUCUUCUUGGGUCAAGGGAUGACCCUCACUUACGCCGCUCUCCUCACCAAAACCAACCGCAUCUACAGGAUCUUCGAGCAAGGGAAGCGCUCGGUGACUCCUCCGCGCUUCAUCAGCCCCACCUCGCAGUUGGUCAUCACCUUCACCUUAAGCGGUCUCCAAGCGGUGGGCGCCGCCCUUUGGCUUCUCCUUUACCCUCCGUACGCCCUCGUCGAUUACGAGAUGGGACGAACUCCCGACCCCGAAGACGCCCGCGGGGUCCUCAGGUGUGACAUGGCCGAAGGUGGGACCUUGGCCUGCUUGGCCUACGCUCUUCUCCUCAUGUUGACCUGCACGGUCUACGCCGUCAAAGCUCGUGGUGUCCCCGAGACCUUCAACGAAGCCAAACCCAUCGGUUUCGCCAUGUACACCACCUGCGUCGUCUGGUUGGCCUUCGGCCCCAUCUUCUUCGGAGCUGCUCAGUCGGCCGAGAGGGUCCACGUGCAGACGGCGACGCUGACGGUGUCCAUGAGCCUUUCGGCUUCGGUCCCUUUGGGGCUCCUCUACGCCCCCAAAGUUUGGGUCAUUCUCCUCCACCCCGAACGCAAUCAGCCCCGAAGGCCCCGCGGGGACCCUGCCCCAUAGCGCCCCACACUUGGGGGGCAGGAGGGACCCCUGACCCCAGGGGAGACCCCAAAGUCCACCCUGACCCACACUUGGGGGGCAGAAGGGUCCCCUGAGCCCAUAGGAGACCCCAAAGUCCAUUCUGACCCACACUUAUGGGGCAGAAGAGACCCCUAAAUCCACCCCGACCCACACUUGGGGGGCAGAAGGGACCCCUGAGCCCAUAGGAGACCCCAAAGUCCACUCUGACCCACACUUAUGGGGCAGAAGGGACCCCUAAAUCCACUCUGACCCACACUUGGGGGGCAGAAGGGAUCCCUGAGCCCAUAGGAGACCCCAAAGUCCACUCUGACCCACACUUAUGGGGCAGAAGAGACCCCUGAGUCCACCCUGACCCACACUUAUGGGGCAGAAGAGACCCCAAAGUCCACUCUGACCCACACUUGGGGGGCAGAAGAGACCCCAAAGUCCACCCUGACCCACACUUGGGGGGCAGAAGGGACCUCUGAGCCCAUAGGAGACCCCAAAGUCCACUCUGACCCACACUUGGGGGGCAGAAGAGACCCCUGAGUCCAUAGGAGACCCCUGAGUCCACUCUGACCCACACUUGGGGGGCAGAAGGGACCCCUAAAUCCACUCUGACCCACACUUGGGGGGCAGAAGGGACCUCUGAGCCCAUAGGAGACCCCAAAGUCCACCCUGACCCACACUUAUGGGGCAGAAGAGACCCCUGAGUCCACUCUGACCCACACUUGGGGGGCAGAAGGGACCCCUGAGCCCAUAGGAGACCCCAAAGUCCACUCUGACCCACACUUAUGGGGCAGAAGGGACCCCAAAGUCCACCCCGACCCACACUUGGGGGGCAGAAGAGACCCCUAAAUCCACCCUGACCCACACUUAUGGGGCAGAAGAGACCGCCGACCCCAGGGGAGACCCCAAAGUCCACUCUGACCCACACUUAUGGGGCAGAAGAGACCCCUGAGUCCAUCCUGACCCACACUUGGGGGGCAGAAGGGACCCCAUAGUCCACCCGGACCCACACUUAUGGGGCAGAAGGGACCUCUGAGCCCAUAGGAGACCCCUAAAUCCACUCUGACCCACACUUAUGGGGCAGAAGGGACCCCUGAGUCCACUCUGACCCACACUUGGGGGGCAGAAGAGACCCCUGAGUCCACCCUGACCCACACUUGGGGGGCAGAAGGGACCGCCGACCCCAGGGGAGACCCCAAAGUCCACUCUGACCCACACUUGGGGGGCAGAAGAGAUCCCUGAGUUCACUCUGACCCACACUUGGGGGGCAGAAGGGACCCCUGAGCCCAUAGGAGACCCCAAAGUCCACUCUGACCCACACUUGGGGGGCAGAAGGGACCCCUGAGUCCACCCUGACCCACACUUGGGGGGCAGAAGGGACCCCUGAGCCCAUAGGAGACCCCAAAGUCCACUCUGACCCACACUUAUGGGGCAGAAGGGACCCCUAAAUCCACUCUGACCCACACUUGGGGGGCAGAAGGGACCCCUGAGUCCACCCUGACCCACACUUGGGGGGCAGAAG